UCCUUCACAUCAUCUCUUGCACUUCUAUAGCUGUGUUUUUUGUUAUCUUUUGGCUUUGGAAGAAUGUCAGUGAAGCUUUUCACACUCUCUUCUUCGCCUCUAAUUAAUUUUCAGAGCAACCAAACAUGUUUUCUCUGCAUGACUUGCUAGCUGAUGAAGGUUUCGAGUUCCGCAAAGGUCAGAAGAAACAAGUGAGGUUCAGAGACAGAGUUGCACCACAAGAUGAGUCCAUUGCUUUGCCUAUCUACAUCUGCCAUGACCGGAAUAGCUUCAAUUUGUCGAAGCACAAGGCCGAUAAGAGCGUUGCACGAAGUGGGUCGUCGGUGUUUUCAUCGAAAAGAGGGGAUUCGAGUUCAAGGAGAUCGAAAUCUAUGUCAACAGCAGAGAGUGGACCGAGCAAAAAUGAGCCUGCAAUUGAUGAAGUUGCUAUAAGAGCAGUGAUUUCUAUUCUAAGUGGCUAUGUUGGGAGGUACUUGAAAGACGAGACUUUCCGGGAAACUAUAAAGGGAAAGUGUAAUUCUUGUUUGGAGAGAAAGAAUAAGGAUUCUGAUAAUGGGAUAUUUGCAAACAUGGAAUUGGGGAUUGAGAGUAUUGAGAGAUUGGUGGGAAGUCCAGGGACAAAGAAAGAACUGAAUAUGAAGUCAAUGCGAAAUUCUAUUAGGCUUUUGAGCAUAGUUGCAUCCUUGAAUUCGAAAAAGUCCAAGAAUGGCUCAACCUGUGGAACACCCAAUUCACAUCUCUCAGCGUGCGCGCAGCUUUACCUUUCGAUUGUUUACAAGAUUGAGAAAAAUGAUAGGAUUUCAGCUAGGCAUCUGCUGCAAGUUUUCUGUGAUUCGCCAUCUCUUGCGCGGACUCACUUGCUUCCUGAACUUUGGGAGCAUUUUUUUCUUCCCCACCUUCUCCAUCUCAAAAUUUGGUACACUAAAGAACUCGAAUUCCUCUCAAACUCGGACUAUGGCGACAAAGAGAAGAAGAUGAAAGCUUUGAGCAAGGUUUACAACGACCAAAUCGACAUGGGUACCAUUAAGUUUGCACUCUACUAUAAGGAGUGGCUUAGAGUUGGAGGUCAGUCACCUACUCUUCCUUCUUUGCCUUUGCCUUCAAGACCCUUCAAUAUACCAUCAAGAAGGAGAUCUUUGGAUUCUUAUACUUCACAUUCCUCCGUCAAUAAAUCUCUAUUUCAAGCUGUUUUUGGCCAAACUAUUGAGCGGCGGUCAAUGGACCUUGAUGAUAGAAAUGGAGCUUUGAUCAAUACAUGGGGACUAGAGGAAGAAGAGAAAGAGUAUCUGGAUGAAGAGGACAUCAAGGGGCAUGGUUCUGUUGAAAAUAGAACCAGGACUCGUCGAAGAUCAUCAAGCCUAAGUCAGAGAAAAUCUCAAGCUGAAUUAAGACCUGAGAUGCAGAAAUCAGACUAUCUUCGAUUUCUUACCUGCCAGAGUGAACCAACAGAGAGUUUGGUGCAUAGAGGCCAUAUGAGCACAAUUGUCUCGAUAAGAAAUACAGAGAACACUCGGCUUUCUUCUACUGAUCUUAGUGGAGCUAUUGCCACUAUUUGCUCCUCGGAGAUCCUGAGUGACUGCGAAGUAGCAACCCGUGUGAUUACCAAAGCAUGGUUGGUUUCACAUGGAGAUCCCGCAGUUGAAAAAACAUUAUCGAAGGCACCAGUGAUUGAGGGAAUGAUGGAGGUUUUGUUGGCUUCCAAUGACAACGAAAUUCUAGAAUUUGCAGUUUCAAUGUUAGCAGAAUUUGUAUCAAGGAAUGAAGCAAAUAGGCAUAUAAUUCUUAAUUCAGAUCCACAGCUAGAUAUCUUCAUGAAAUUAUUAAGAAGCAGUAGUCUAUUUCUAAAAGCUGCGGUUCUACUUUACCUGGUGAAGCCGAAGGCGAAGCAGAUGAUAUCAAAUGAUUGGAUUCCUCUAGUCCUUCGGGUGUUGGAGUUCGGGGAUCAAUUGCAGACUUUAUUCGCCGUUCAGUGCAGUCCUCAAGUAGCAGCAUAUUACUUCCUCGACCAGCUUCUUACUGGUUUCGAUGAAGACAGAAAUCUGGAGAAUGCUAGACAAGUUGUUUCGAUUGGGGGAUUGAGCUUGUUGGAGAAAAGGAUGGAAAUAGGGGAUGUCUCCGAGAAGAACAAUGCUGCAUUAGUUAUUUCCUGUUGUAUACGAGCAGAUGGAAGCUGUCGACACUACGUAGCCAACAAUUUGAACAAGGGUUCUAUUCUUGAACUCCUUGUUCUUGGAAAGCAUAGGAAUUGUCAUUGGUAUGCUUUCACUUUGCUAACAGAGUUAAUCUGCCUUAAUAGAAACCGGGCGACAAAAUUCUUAAAUGAACUAAUAUGUGGAUGGGGCAACUUGAACACGAUGCAUAUCUUGCUAGCCUAUCUUCAGAAGGCUCGGCUGGAAGAACGCCCCAUAGUUGCAGCAAUAUUGUUACAACUUGAUCUCCUGGGAGAUCCUUUGAAGUGUAGCGUAUAUAGAGAAGAGGUAGUAGAGGCUAUAAUCACAGGUUUGGAUUGUCAAGUAUGUAACGAAAAGGUUCAAGAACAAUCAGCCAAAGCUCUGAUGAUAUUGGGAGGUCGUUUUUCUUACACAGGAGAAGCAGCAGCAGAAAAAUGGCUUUUGAAAGAAGCAGGUUUCUUCGAUGAUAGCUCAGGGGAUUCAUUUCAUGGAAAGAAAAUUUUUGUUGAUGAAAUCAUGCAGUCGAAUGAAGAAGAUAAUGCCACUGAAAAUUGGCAAAGGAAAGCAGCGAUAGUCUUGGUCACUAGCGGCAGCAAGAGGUUCCUAGCUGCUCUCUCAGAUUCAAUAUCCAAUGGCAUCCCAUGCUUAGCACGAGCAAGCCUGGUCACUGUUUCAUGGAUAAGCAGCUUUCUCCAUUCAGUUGGAGAUGAAAAUCUUCAGUCCAUGGCAUGCUCAAUCUUUGUUCCACAGUUGAUAGAAUCCUUGAACUAUGACAAAGCUCUAGAGGAAAGGGUGCUUGCUUCAUUUUCAUUACUCAGUCUCAUCAAGAGUUCAGAUUGUGUAUCUAAAUUCUCAAAGUCAGAUAAAGAGUUGUUGAGCCGUCUCCGGGACCUUUCCCAAGUGACAUGGACAGCCAGUGAGCUUAUUUCAGUCAUCACAAGCAGUUUGAGGCAUCACUACACUGAGCUGGACAAAACACCUACCUACUUGGGAGAAAUUAAAUCACAUCAUUAGUAUUCAAGUUUCAGCAGAGGCAUUUCUUCUUUGCCAGAUUAAUUCCUAUAUUUUCUUUUGUUUUCAAAGGGUUUUUUUUUUUUUUUUUUUUUUUUUUUUUUUUUUUUCCCUACCUUUUUUCUGUGUGUUAUAUAAAUACAUAUCUUGCAUAGUCCCUUCCUCUUUUCUUUUCUUUUCUUUUCUUUCUUCUUUUUUUUUUUUUUUUUGUUAAGAGUAGUUCUUCUAGGAUUUUCCCUUUGUCUCUAUUAUUUUUGUAAAGUGAGGAGUAUUAUGUAUGCAAAUAAGAUGAUUUCUACAAAUAAAAUCCAAGUUAAGCAAUCACCUGUAGUGCAGAUCUAUCCAACCCAUAUGCUACAGCCAAGUUUCUUUCACAUCUUCUUAAGUACUGUUUAACAAUUCCACUGUGCAUGACCAAAAGUUGCCAAAUUGAUUCCUACUUUGUUUCCUAGGAAUAUGUGUUUUGUUUCCUAGGAAUAUGUGUUCUAUUGUUAUCAAAAUUCUCGACUUUUUGUCUAAUGUGUGCCAGAAUUUAUGCCCAAUAAUUAUUUCC